UUUUUUUUUAACAUUUUUUCCGUACGAAAAUGGCUGCCACUAAUCUAAACCUCUCCAUAACGGAUUAACUGUAGAAAACACCGUGCUGCUUAUAGACAAUAGUCUGAGACGGCAGAGCGCAGUUUGUGCAGCGCCUUUAUGAAGAUGUGGCUGUCAAAGAAGGGGAAGCAUAUACGAAUGGAAAUUAACCCUUUUCGGCCCAGUAAUCAACAACAAAUGAGAAAAUGAUGCAUCAAGUGAGCAGCAGCAGCGGUGACUACUGUAUGAGUGGACUGGCAGAGGACUGUCAUCCAGCCAGCCACUUUGAUUUAUGUAGCACACAAUCCAACAAAUUCUACACCUCACCAACGACCCCUGGUUUGCAGCUGUCCCUUGCUGGCCUUGCCCCUUUACCACCAGGAGUGCACAAAGCCAUGGCAUGUCAUUUGCAAGAGACCCAGAAUGACUUCCAGCCACAGACUAUGAGAAUCAGGGCCAGUGAGGCUCUGGGACCUGAUGGAACUAAGAAAAAGAAGGGCAUUGUGAAAUCAGGGCGGAGAGGGAGGCCGUCAGGGACCACUAAGUCAGCUGGAUACCGUACAAGUACUGGGCGCCCACCUGGGACAACCAGAGCAGCUGGAUUCAAAACCAGCCCAGGAAGGCCCCUGGGGACCACCAAGGCAGCUGGAUAUAAAGUCAGCCCUGGAAGGCCCCCUGGUAGUAUCAAGAGUUUAGCUCGUCUCAAGAAGCUAGAGUUCGGUUGUGAGAGCGCCAAAGCUUUUGACUUUAGCAACUGCAGUGUUCCCAAGAAACUGGACUUCACUACCUGUGAAGUUCCAGCUUUUCCGUACACCACAAUGGAGAAAACAGACCUCUGUGAGCCCAGCGGCAAAGUGGACGAAACCAACAAAUAGUUCAGCUGUUAUCUCCAACAUUGCAUGAGCAUAAAGAUGCCUCGGAAAACAAUUCUAAUAUGCUGGCAGAAUUUCUUUUCCCCUCGUUUUUACUAUUUAGAAUAGUUUUCACUGUACAAUCUUUGACAUACUCACCACUCUUUCAUAAGAGAUGACUGAAUAAUAGGAUUUAGCACCAAUGUGCCACACAUGCAUGUAUUAACUGACAAGACUGUCAUCAGUAUAG